AUGACCAAGAAGCACAACAAGCAGAGCUCCAAGCAGCAACCUCCUACAAUCGCAACAAACAGAGGACUCAACACGCAACCCACAAAAGCAGACCAGAGAAAUACCUCUGGCGCACCGAUCUUCUUCUUCAAAGACGAUGAAGAGCCAUAUGGGUUUCUGUGUCAAUGGUAUCGCUGCCGCUUCACAGAUCCGGAUUCGGGUCUCGAGUUUACUUGCGCCGAACAAUGGAUGAUGUGGAAUAAAGCCCAACUCGCCGGCGAUGAAGCUUCUGCAAACGCAAUAAUGGCAACAACAUCGCCUCGCAAACAGAAACAACUCGGUCGCGAUGUUGAAGGUUUUGAUGCUGAGGUUUGGGAUAAGAUUAAAUUGGAUGUGGUGGAAAGAGGGAAUUACCUGAAGUUUAGCCAAGGCACCAAUGUUGCGUCGAUGAGGAUUGAUGAUCAGGGAGAACCUGUGUCUCUCAAAAGUCUGCUGCUUGCCACGGAAGAACGAGAAUUGGUGGAGGCAUCCAGGUUUGACAGGGUAUGGGGUAUCGGAUUUGAUGCACAGCAAGCUCUGGCGACUCCGAGAGAGAAAUGGGGCCAGAAUUUGCUGGGAACUGCUCUGAUCAAUGUGAGGGAAAGAAUUAGGAAGGAGGAAGUCGAGGUCUUGUGA